AUGAUAACUAAGCAGUGCAACAAAUUCAACGGUAUUUACAACCGGAUUGCGGCGCAACAACAAAGUGGAACCAACGACUUUGAUUUGUUCAAAGCUGCUAAGGAACAAUAUCGGGUCGAAAUGGGUCAUGUUUUCGACUUUGUAAAAUCAUGGGAAUUGUUGCGAGCGGAUCCAAAGUGGAAUAAUGCGCCUACAUCGUCGGAGGUUCAAUCCAAAAGGUCUCGCAAUUCUAGUUCGGUCAACGUGUCGGACGCACGGACUAACAUCGACCUAAACGCCGAUGACGAUGAGAUCCCGGAUGAUAUCCAAGAGAUAUCCCCACCACCACGACCGCCCAGACGCGACAAUGCGAGACGCGCUGCAAGACAUGCGGAGGAGGUGGAGACGAGAGCAAAAGAUGUGGCGGAAAUGAGAGCGAAAUUCGACGAUCAUAAUUUGUUAAUAAAAGAAAAAAUGAGUUGA